GGGUUUUUUCCCUCCUCUGACAUGUGCUUGAGCUGCAGCUGAAAGGAAAUGUGUCAUCUGUGGUUUUCGUUUUCAAAGUGGAGAGCUCGCAGCCUGCCGCCCUCCUUGCUGCAGAUUUAUUUCAGUUUUCACACUCUCCAUCUCCUGUGAGCUCAGGUUUUUGUCAGCGUGUUUCCAGAAGAGCCAGAGAAGCAGGGGCUAAAACGCUUCCUUUACUAUCAGAUUCUGAGGAGCUCCUGGAAGACUGAUUACCAGGUGAGCUUGGCCAUGGAACCCACAGGAUGUUACCUGCAUGCUGCUCUUCUGGCAACCACCAUCUUUUCCUGGCUUCCUCAAGCGAAAGCAAACGCCACGUCCCCCUGGGUUAUCAACAGUACCGACUGGGACCCCAGCCUUCAGAAUAACACAAACACAAACGGGGAUGGACGCCCCAUCAACCCCGAGACUCCAGAAACAGAGGUGGCAAAUGCUCCCAGCACACCCCAGGUGAGGACACCACGACCUCACCCCUGGUCCUUAGCUCCUCCAUUUGGACACGCCCUCAACACACCUUCUCCUCCUAGGGACAGCAGCACUCCCACAACACAGAGCUUCGAGCGCACCAGCAAGAGCCCGGACGACGUCUUUAAAAGGGACAUUUGUGAAGACAGCAACAACAAAAUGGCCAUGCUGGUGUGCCUGAUCAUCAUUGCGGUGCUCUUUCUCAUCUGCACCCUCCUAUUUCUGUCCACUGUGAUUCUGGCAAACCGAGUGUCUUCACUCAAGCGAUCCAAACAAGUCUGUAAGCGACAGACAAGAAGCAACGGGGACUUUCUGGCAAGCAGCGGCCUGUGGCCAGUGGAAUCGAACACUGGGAAAAGAGCAGAACAGCUCACGGGGCCCCGGCUGAUGCUGCAGGCCACCGGCACCCUCUCCCUUCCAAGGGAAAGAAAAGACAGCGGAGCAACAGAGAAACUCACCCACUGAGAAAGGGGUAAAUGAGAGGGAUCAAUAAAGUGAGGCUGUGAAGGCUUCCAGCAGAAAUAGAGGAAGCUGGUAUUUUUACUGCUGGUAGCCUAGAAUGUGACAUGGCAAACCUGGAAACCAAAGGUCAGUCAGGAAGGAUGAAAGGGAAAAGUAUGCCUGCCUAGGGGACCAGUCAGCAGAUCGGGUUCUAAUCCUGACUCUUCUACGACUGUGUAGCCCUGGCCACGUCACUUGCCCUUUAUUAGGGGCCUCAAUUUUCUGAUCUAUAGGGUGAGAAUGUUUGGACUACAUGUAGGGCCUAUGAUCCCAUUCAGUCAAAUCCUAAGAGCUACACACUUUUAUUAUGAUGCUAAAGAUUUCACAGGCUUCACAGGACACAGAUCAAGAAGGCACUCGAGAUAUUAAGUAACCAAAGAUGCUGGAAGGUUUUAAAAAUAAGGCAGCAAAGAACGUGGAAUGUAGAGAAACGAAGGAAGGGCUAGCAGGAGACAGACUGAGGGAAACAAACAUUCACCAUGUUCAGCAAGAGCACUUGGUAGAAACUCCAUCUGGAUCUGGUCAAAAUAACUGACACGUGCCUAGUUUAGUUCUAGCCUCAUAACCAGCUGCCUGCUGCUCUACCUGGUAACAGCAGCCAUCACAAUUCUAACUCACCUAAAGGUCUAUGGUCUGACGCAGCAAUGCCUUCCACGGCCACAAAGCUUGUUGUCAGUGACGUGUUGAUCUUUCCAUUAUGUGCAAGAAUUCAGAAAGCUUAUUAAAAUGCUAUUUUACAUGAUAAA